GACCAUUCAGCUACCAUGUUAGCUGUGUUUGAUAAGGUUAAGUUUGAACUCUUGUUUCAUAUGUUUUGUUUGGUAAUUUGGGGGAGCGGACCAAACAGCGAGGUCAUCAGUCCCAUCGGAUGAGGGAAGGAUGGGGUGCAAAUACAUAUGGUCAGCUUGGAGUUGGUUAUAAAUCUGAGCUUUGUGCUGAACCUGUUGAAGUGACAGCUCCAACAAUUGACCCAAAGUUGCUUACAAGACUUUGUGGAGGUGGAGGCCAUACACUCAUUUUGGAUAAAAAUGGAAACAUUUAUUCCUGUGGCUGGAAUAACAAAGGCCAAUUAGGUCGGUCUGUGGAAGAACAAGCAGCAUCUUUUGAACAUAUAGCAGCUCUUUCAGGGCAUCAUAUCAUUGAUAUCAGCUGUGGCUGGGAAACAAGUUUUGCUCUGACAAGGGAUGGGAAAUUAUUUGGUUGGGGCUCCAAUGUCUAUGGACAACUGUCUCUGCCAAGGGAUCAGGUUACAUUCAGUGCCUCACCUCUCCAGUUGACAGACCAUAAAGUGAAACAACUUUCAUCUGGUCUAAGACACACAGCAGUUGUCACUGAACAGGGUGAUGUAUUUGUUUGUGGUAGUGGAAGAAAAGGGCAACUAGGAAUUGUACAUCAUGGCCAGCCACUUAAAGAAAGUUAUACUUUACAACACGUUCCAGGCUUGCCACCAAUUAAGAUGGUUGCGUGUGGUCAACACCAUACCAUAGCUUUGUCAGUGUGUGGAAAAAUUUUUGUAUGGGGAGACAACAAGUUUGGACAACUGGGAUUUGAUCCUUUACUACAUCACAAUUUUGCCUAUCCUAUACAGCUUGAUUGUUCUGGACGUGAAAGUCUUCCACAAGAAUGCUUACUUUCAUGUGGAUGGACACACACAGUCUUAAGAACAGAAGAGGGAAAGAUAGUUAACUGGGGAAGAAAUAAUUAUGGACAGCUGGGCUGUGCUGAGAAACAAAGACUUGAAAGCUGGAAGCCAACAUUUCUGAAUGAUGUCCCCAGUACAAAGCAGAUUGCAGUUGGAUCCGAACAUAAUGUGGCUUUGUCUGAGAACUGUGAAGUGCUAUGCUGGGGCUGGAAUGAACAUGGCAGCUGUGCGACAGGAGCUGACGUGGAUGUGAAGAGUCCCAAGAAAGUUGAAAAUGCACAGAAAGCUGUUUUAAUAGGGACAGGAGGUGCCCACAGCUUUGCUGUUGCGAGUCUGGACUGAUACUGAAAUUGGUGAUUGAUUGUUUUUGUUAAAAUUACUUUCAGUGGCAUUGCUCUGUGAAGGCACCAAGGAUACAUCCUGACAUUUGAGUAAAAUUCGUGUCAACAGCAAAAUGGUUCAAAGUGAGAAUUAAUGAGAGAGUGUCAAGUUUUUAUACUAAAUCUCUUAACAAAAAUAAUAUAAGUCUACAAAAAUUUCUCUUAAACGCCUUUUGUCAGAUCAUUCCAUAUAAAGCUUCAGCUUUGAAGCAAAACAUCAACAAAAGUAAUGCAGUACAAAAUAACUUUCAUUUAUAUGGUAUGUACUAUGGGAUUAAGACUAGC